CACUGUUGACGGCGAUGUUGGCGUGGGCGUGUGCGCUGGCGCUGCUCUUGUCCGCACCAACAUCAUGCACCUCCAAAUUUUACUUCUCGGCGGGAGCCUACCGAAGGGCUGAAGAGUGUCACCUGUGCUUCGAGAAGGACUGCAUGACCCUCGACCAGGCGCGCUGUGACUACUACGCAGAGGCUGAGGAGGUACUCAAGGAGGAUGAUGAGGAUCCUGGUGGAGAAGCAGACCCUGCCAUGAGGAAAGAAGUCGACGAUCUGAUGUUUGAUUUGGUUGCUAAAGUUUCAGGUGUAUCUAACAACAUGGACUGCAUUCCUUACGUCUCCCGGUAUACCAACUGUAACAAAGAAAACGUGUGCCUCGGCUGCAAGACCUGCUCCUGUGACCCUGAAGGCCUGUGGAACUGCAGCAUCGUGCAGCCAUGCCACGGCCAGGACCCGCCCCCGAACAUCGACCACCGAGUCCUCAUUAUAGCCAUGGAGGCUCUUAUUGACAGCGAUUCGGUUAUACAAGGUCAGUCUCACAAGGUGAAGCGUUCCGUCACUGACAGCCCAGAGGAUACCACAUCCAGCACCAUCACAUUAGAACAACUGUCCGAAUGGUUCUAUGGAGUCAAGCCGUUGAGCAAGUUGAAGAUUAGUACCACGCCAGCAAGUGACUCCAAAGUGUCUGCCAUGGAUAAUGAUAAAGCCAUACUUACAACUACUGAACGUGUAUCUACAACGAAAACUUCAGAGGCCACAACCAAGGUUACGAAUACCAAAACCACCGGAGACACAGAUUACGUAGCUUUCGACGAAGUACUCCGAAGCAUUGCAGUAGAUACUAAGGCUUAUAACAGAAGGAAACCUUUAACUGAUAAAUUCAAUAACCAAUCCUUUGACGUAGAUUAUAUGGUCAUGGAUGAUGAUAAUAUCACUGGUUUCGUUAAUGAUGAUCUGUCUUAUUUGGUCAACUUUAUGCACGAAGAUGCUGCUGAAAUAAGUACUGAAUCGACUACGAAAGUUGUGAUUGAUUUGUUGGAAUCUGCUGGGAAAGUCAACAAGGGCAAUGUUACUGAAGAUGUUAUCGGUUUAAACAAGGAUGUAAAUUUAAAUGUUUUUGAAAACACCAAUGAUAUAAUAGACUACAGCGCUGUGAAUAUCAUGAAAAGAGAUGUUUCAGGACAGGAGAACAUUACGUCGACCUUUGUCGCACCAACCAUUACAAUGAUUUUAAACACAACUAAUACUAGUAAAGCAGAUACCAAUAAAACUGAGGAGAGAAUGGAUUUAAAGGAGGAUAUACUAAUACCAUUGAAUAAAAUUAUCAAAGAUAAAAUUAACGAAUUAGAAAACUUAAAGAGAAUUAAAGAUAAUCUAGCAAAAAUAAUAAUGAGUGACGAUGAUCUACCUGAAGACAAUAAGAAAGAAAAUAAUAUAAGUGAAUCACAUUUUUCUAUUUAUAAUCUAGCUUUGGAUACUCCUUUAAAUACAGACCUAAGAAGAUCCAAUCCAAAUCUGUAUGAACAAGUAAUGGCAAAGUUUAAAAAGGAUAUUUUCGAAGUGAUACGGGACAUAAUAUUAAUUACAAAACACAGAAAAUCUGAUCUACCUGAGGACUUAAAAUUUCUUAUGCACGCAAUGAAGCGAUAUGUUUACAAAAAUAAAUUACUUGAAAAACCAAAAUCUGGGAAAAAGUCGAAGCGAUUCAAAAACUUUAGGAGGCAAAUGAAACAGUACGGCCGAUGUGACUUCGUAUCGUUCAAAGAUUGUUUAGUACAAGUCAUAGAAGCUAUUGACAACAGUAUGGCAAAGUCCAAUGCCCUGAGUCCUCUGUCACCCGCUUCUAGGAGAAUUAUGAAACACGUGAUACUAUCGUACUACUUUGACGAGAAUGCAAUGCCAGGAUUGAGAGUACAUGAUCCUCAAUAUAAUAUGACGAAUGACUUAUCAAGCAUUGGCAGUCAGUGGCAGGGCAUGACGAAUAGUUUGCUGAGCAGCUCUCCGUUUGCAACCCUCUACAGAAUGAAACUAUUACAUUACGUUUUAUCUUCUGAUAUUGGCAAAAUGAACGAUGCUCUAGGCCUAAUAGACUUUGCUCACAGCAGGAGAAUGCUUCCGUCUCUAGAUAAUGUUAGUGAUGACGUAUUAGAAAAAAUAAACAAUGGGUUGACAGCGAUUCAUAACAAAGUACAAAUAAUAAUUCGAUAUUACUCGAAUGAACCAACGACUUUUAGACCUCGAGCAAUGAACGAAACUGAAACCAACACUACAACAGAACCCACAGACAAUCGUCAAAAGCCAAACCGUUCAUUCAUAAAGCAUAUUCGUACUUUAUUGCAAACUUCUAAGAAAGAUAUAGCUGAACUCCUUCACAGAAAAGUUCCAAAAUCAGAAAUAGUAAAACAACUAGCUAAAAAGAAGCUGGACGAAAUAUCCGAGAAAAGAUAUAAUGAGUAUGAGGAAACAAUGAGAAGAUGGCAGAAGAAUAUAGAAAUGGCAAGAUUCAAACGAUCAGGUUUGGAUAGUUUCAAGACGCGAAUAAAGAGUAUCAUACCUAAUUAUCUAAGACAUAAGGUCAAUCCGAAGAUCUCAGAGAGUAAGAGAAAUGCUACAGCAACUGCAGUUCGUAAGGCCGAUGAAAGAAAAAAGAAGCGGGACGCUUCAAAACGUGAGCGCCAAUCAAGAAGGUCUACUUCACCGACGUCGUCUACAAAGAAGGUGACGCCAAAAUCUAAAGCAGUGAAUUCAAAAUAUACAGCAGUAACUUCAAAAGCAAACACCGCCGUCACGAAACCCAUCCCUUCGGCUAAACAUUGAUAGGAUAAGUCAUCAAUAUCCCUGAAUUCUGUGAUUAAGUUUAUCUAAAGUACAAAUAAAGUAACAAU